AAAUCUCUUGUUACAUUAAAAGUAAGUUUGUGUAUCAAAGUGUUGGAGUAAAUAGAAAUGUAGGUACCUUCGUUUGCGGUUCGGUGACUGACGGACAUUUUAAGUUGGAAGUCAGAAUUGCUGAUUUUAAAAACACAUUGAAAUGUGAAAAAGGGUCAGCUAUAAAUAUAAUUGGAAGAAUUCAAACUCAGGGUCCAAGAAUUUAUCUACAAGUUGAUUCGGAAAUGAAUAUACAGUUGGAAGAAAGGGAUCCACUACCGAUCAGAGAUGUUCUACUGGGAUUUAGGGAGUUAAAACGAGUUAACGAAGGCCAAAUAGGAAGAGAAGACGUGGAAUAGGAGUAAUUCCUAUUAUUUAGUACACUACCUCUAUUAUUUUCGUUUAUAAAGAAAAAAUUAAUUUUUAU